UUCCGGUGUAAACACUGGGGGAAAGAUGUACCGCUAAGCAUGAGGAGUGCGGUAACGUGAGCAGUGUAGUCAAGAACCAUGCGUGUCAACACAGGGAGGUGUUUGCUGCCUUUGUUUUGGUUCAUCCAAAUAAUUUCUGCUGUGCAAGACUUCCCAGCCUUAAACCACAUCAGAACAAGGACCUCUGCUUCUACCCAGACACAUGCAUCGCAGGCCCUGAUUGGUCGAAUUGUUGGCAAAAGAGCCAAUGAGUUUACAGCACAUGUUCAACCAGAUCUUGGUCCUAAAGAUAGAGACACAUUUAAGAUUUGGUCAUCUGGUUCUCAUGUCAAUAUUACCGGGACAACUGGAGUGGCAGUUGCCAUGGGACUGUAUUACUACUUGACCAAUCACUGUGGGUGUCAGUACACAUGGGCAGGGCAACAGAUGAACAUCCCAUCUCCCCUACCCAAGGUUCCUGCCCCAGGGAUUAAAGUGACUACCAAUGACAGGUUCCGGUACUACCAGAAUGUGUGUACGGUAGACUACUCGUUUGUGUGGUAUAACUGGACCGACUGGCAACAACAGUUGGACUGGAUGGCUCUACACGGAAUCAACAUGCCACUGGCCUUCACUGGACAGGAGGCCAUAUUUCAACGGGUGUACAUGGAAAUGGGACUCACUAUGAAAGAAGUCCAGGAUCACUUUGCAGGUCCAGCUUUUCUUGCCUGGUCAAGAAUGGGUAACAUGCAUGGUUGGAGUGGACCUCUACCUCAAUCCUGGAUUGAUCAGCAGUUGGUCCUACAACACAAGAUCCUUGACCGGACCAAGGAGCUUGGAAUGAUUCCUGUCCUGCCAGGUUUUGCUGGACAUGUCCCUAGUGCCAUCACAAGAAUUUUUCCAAAUGCAAAUGUGUCCCAUUUACCUGACUGGGGUCACUUCAAUUCCUCGUUCUGCUGUAACUUACUGUUGGACUUUAGCGAUCCUCUGUUCAAGAGGAUAGGACAUGAAGUGGUGAAGGAGAUGCUAAAUGAGUUUGGUACAGACCAUGUAUACAACAUUGACACUUUCAAUGAGAUGCUUCCAAAGUCAAGCUCACCAACCUACCUUGCUCAGUCAGCAAAGACUGUUUUUGAAGCCUUGACAUCUGCAGACCAACAGGCAGUGUGGUUGAUGCAGGGAUGGAUAUUUGAGAACUCUGUGGAUUUCUGGAAAUCUCCACAAAUAAAGGCAGUGGUAACAGCUGUUCCUAAAGGGAGGAUGAUAAUCUUAGAGCUAUUUGCAGAGAACCGUCCCGUGUACCGUCACACAGAAUCCUACUUUGGACAGCCGUUCAUCUGGAGCAUGCUGCACAACUUUGGAGGGACACUGGAACUGUACGGCAGCUUUGACAGCAUCAACACUGGUCCAGCUGCUGGUCGGAAUUUCCCUAAUAGCACCAUGAUAGGGAUCGGAAUGGCUCCUGAAGGGAUCAAUCAAAAUGAAGUUAUUUAUGAGUUCAUGGCUGAAAAUGCCUGGGUCCCUCAGCCUCGAGAUGUUUCUCAGUGGGUGGUGGAGUAUGCUAGACGAAGAUAUGGGAAAUCUAACAAGUACAGCUCAAAGGCUUGGCAGCUACUACGGAAAAGUGUAUACAAUAAUACCGAUGGACUUAAGGAUAAAAGUAAACAUGUAAUACCGACGUCUCGCCCCUCCUGCCAUCCACGACUGGCUCCCGACGUUUGGUACGACCCCGAGGAUCUGUAUGAAGCUUGGGAUAAUUUAGUGCUAGCCGCUGACCAGCUCUGCAACAGCUCCUUAUUCAUGUACGAUCUGGUGGAUGUCACGAGGAACAGUCUUCAGGAGAUUUCUCUGUCCUUCUAUAACUCACUCAUAUCAGCCUUCACCCACAAAGAUAUUGAUCAAGUCAGUUUAAAAGGAGAUAAACUGCUGGGCCUCUUGGCUGACAUGGAUAUACUCCUGGGGUCAGAAGGUCACUUCCUGUUAGGGAAAUGGAUAAAGGCGGCAACAAAUCUAGCUUUCAGACCUGAGGAAAGGAGGCUGUAUGAAUUCAAUGCCAGGAACCAGAUCACACUUUGGGGACCGACAGGCAAUCAUUUAGACUACGCCAGCAAACAGUGGGCGGGACUUAUACAUAGCUACUACAGACCAAGAUGGAAAGUUUUUGUUGAGGACUUAAAGUACAGUUUGCAUUCAGGAACUACAUUUAAUCAAAGUGACUUUGAUAUAAAAGUUUUCAACACGAUAGAGCUUCCCUUUUCUACCAGUACACAGACCUUUCCAACUGUCCCAUCAGGAAACACUAUCUUGAUAGUAAAACAGAUUCACAAAAGAUAUCGACAAGAAAAGAUCUACAAAGAUCUCCGCGAGAAAGGAUGAUAAGGAAGUGGAUCUCUUGGUGGUGUGUCAUAGCUUCUGGAUAUAAAGAAAAAACACUUUGUAUGAGAGAUUGAGUGACAUCUGUCCAUAGUGAUUAUGUAAGCUGUUAUGGACUAGCACAGUAUUUCCUACAAUAUGGGUAAAAUAAGGGAAACAAGAUACGUCCAUCAGUCUAAAUAACAAUAUAUUUGUUAUUUUGUUGUGUGUAAAUUCAUUUGACAUAAUGAAAUGAUAAGUUUUGUAGACUUUUCAAUGAUAAAUAAUAAAUGAAACCUAGAUACAACAAUACAUGGAAACCUUUCUUCAUUUAGUGAUUAAAACAGAGAAUUAUCAUUCAUUAACAGAUAAAGAAAGGGGUGUAGUGGAAUCGCAUUGUCUGUUGAAAUGUAUUUUUCUUAUGCCAUAACUUUGAUACAAUUGUAUCUUCAUUUAGAGAACUUCUAGCACAAUACCUCUAUACUUGACCAAGACUAUUAUGCAUUGUUUUGUUUAAGAGUUAGGAAGAGCUCUUUGUUGUUCAGAAUGAUAACAUUUUUACCCUGCGUUUCAAAAUGUCACAGACACCUGAUUUUUACAGUUUUGGUGAUUUUCGUAUUGUGCAAAAAAAGACUUCAGUCGUCUGUCCUUCCGUCAGUCAAUAUUUUCCUCCCAGUGGUCAUCUAAAUAUUAAUGCAUAAUUGUUGUAGAAGUUUCACUGGAUGUAGUUUGUAUCAACGAUAUCAUUUCCGCAUAUGAUUUUGGACAAACGUUUUAAUUAUUCAGUAAAGAAAGGGCCGUUAACUUGUGGAGUUUUACUGUCUCUUGUCAUAAAAUGACGACAUUUAAAGUUAAAAUUCAAGCGCAAAUUGCAUAUUGAAGAUUACUUUGAAACACAGGUACUAGCCUCGUCUGUCAAUGCACCUUUAUUAUGGUAGCCCGAGUUUCCUCUGACACCAGACUGACUUUUUGACAGAUAGAUGGCUGGUGUGAGCAACAUGGAUUAUUACGCUAUUUAUAUAGGCUUUGCGCGCACGUAUGGUAUUUUCCAACAGAAAUACGCUCUUUCAAAUACCUUUCAUGCAAAUGUACAGUUAGACAAGCGAGUCGCUAAACUUGUUUCAUUUGUCGAAUAAGGAUACCUGUAUUAAAUGUUGUAUACAUGUAUUUGAAGAUUUGGUAGCGAACGAAAAUAAACAUAUAUUUUACCUCUCGGUCUUCUUAAAGGUCAUGCAUGGUCAGAAUGUUCGGCUGAUCGUACCACCAACUUGACUUGAAAUACUGUUUCUAAAUCUGUCAACAGCUAAUUUCAUGUUUUGACGAGCAAGCAGAGUUUCCUCUGGCCCUAACACUAGACUUAGACAUUUUGACAGAUAGAUAUCUGGUGUGACAUCUUUCUGUCAAAAUGUCUUAGUUUGGUGUCAGGGCCAGAGGACACUCGGGCUUUGUCGAUAGAUUGGUGGAUUUGAUUGAUUGAAACAAGGAAUUAACUUAAAAUGCUAUCUAAGUCCGUGUUAAUAUCAAAGAUUUACUUUAUACACAAACAAUGUAGGUAUUAAACGUAUUUCCUGUCUGUCGCUUUUAGUUUUUGUUCACUUGGAAGACCCCUGCUGUCUCUUUCUCUAACCAGAACAAUAUGACGUCUGUUAGGAAAGCUUAAAAUCACAAAAAUAAUUCAUCAAGCAAUGGAUUUAUACGAUAUUUUAAUUAUAAAUAAUCACUUCUAAAUGCUUAUGAGAAUGCUAUAAACUAUACAAAUAUAAGUCUAUAGUAGUCACAUUGAAAACAAACAGUACGUUAUUUGCUGAGGCAAAAUCACAUUUUAUGUUAGAUAUAUUAAAUCUUGUUGAUAUUGAGUAUAUUAAAUCUAACUGAAAUGUAUAUAUAAGUGCUGUUAAAGACGACUGUUAAAUUCUUGAGUAAUCGAAAUAUCGUUAUAUGAACGUGCUCAAAUACUCUUACGACCAACUUCUUAACAGCGCAUUAUUUCAGUGUUGAAAUAUAAAUGUAUAUCAUAUUUCAGUAACCUGACAAUAAAAUAUAUAUAUGCAUGACUUUUAAGUUACUCUGUCUUAGUCAUCUUUCAGUCUCCUAAAUUUAUAAUAGUUGUAUCUAUAUCAACGGACCUCCAAAUAAGGGAAGGUUUACAUAAGUUUUUUUUAGCAUAAUGGACUAGCUCUAGAUAGUGCAUUAGUAAACGUUUUUGUGCCCACGAGAUGAAAGGUGGUUUCUAGCGGAUUCAGGCACAGUUUUAGGCUGAGCUACUUCAGUAGGUCUGCGCCUAUUGUUAUCCUUGAUUUGCUCGCAGUCAUCUGCCGAUUCCUGUCAAAUGAUUGGCUGAAUCUGUCGAUUUUCACCACUACGCCCCCUAUGAUUUAGUUCAGAUUACCCCCAGAUUUCAAAAUAAUAUCCUUUGUGUAUGAAAUCAAUAUAAAAUCUUACAAUGUUUGACAGAAUUCUGUCAACCUGGUAUGGUUAUAUAUUCCUAACAUUAAUAAGAAUGGAAUUCGCGUCAAGAACGAUAUUGGUAUUACUAAACGUGGAUUGUAUCAAGUGUACAUGUGUUUAUUAGUCACGGUAAUCCUCCGGUCAGUCCAAAUAGGCGGAUAAUUCGAACACGCAUUUGAACAAUAAAAACAAUAGUUUCCUGUCUAGUGAUAGUUCAAACCCUCCUAACUCACAUUUCGGAUUAUUCGAAUACAAAAUUUGACCGCUAAAUUGUAGCGAUUGUAGCUGAUCUUUCCUCUUUCCUGUGAAACAAUCAUAGCCUCGCUCAUUCUCUCAAACUGAUCUAUUUGUACAACGACAGCAUUUUAUAACCGAGUAACGGGUAGUUCUCAAGAUGUGAAACCGUGGAGGUCAACUAAUAGGAUUUUUUUUACAUGAACACGCACAUGUUAGUUUGAUAUGAUUAAGUUUCUUUCCUACAAAAAUAUGCACGCGCUUUUCAAAAUCUAUAGGCCCCAACCUUGUAUAACAUGCUAUCAAUAAUAGCGACCUGGGCACCGAUCUCUGAAUCAUUACUUAAUUGAUAUGUUACCUAUACAUGUGCCAAAUAAAACAGGUUUUAUCAGGUGGUUGAUCAAACUAAUCCUGAUACAUUGCAAUUGAACUUCCGCCAAUACUCGAUAAACAUGUACUGCUUUGUGGCCUACAUACUCGCCUCUGCUUUGAUUAAGUGAAAGUUGAACUUGAUAAUUGAUUAUUAAUAUGUAAGUAAGCAUAAGAAAAAUAUGUAUACAUGUACCACUAUUCCUCGCCAGAUUUGCAAAUAUAUCGCAAUAGGCCGCCGUUGUCCCGUAUCAACGACUUGGCUGAUUUUUGUCGAUGUCGGCUCGGACUGUUAACCUGAAUUUGAACAAGAGUGACAAUGCUUAUUACAUCUUGCUCGACCUGAUCACAGGGUCUGAUUGUGCUGUGACCGAUAUCAGUAUUACAUAUGCUAUUGUAGUCUGUUAUAUACUGUAGCGAACUCCAUGUACAGAGAUUAAAUUUCAAAUCGUAUGACCUUAGAGACCAUGAAAUAAAGCAAAUAACUCCCUUAGCUUCCUAAAAGAUCCCUGAAAAUCCGUUCAACAAAGGUUAAAGAACAAACACAUUGAUUACAUAUACAGGACUAGCUCUUUGGAAAAACUUUCGUUCUGUUUCAGAUUCAGUCUCAAUUCCCUUAUUAAAACAAUUAUAUGGUAAAUAAAAGAAAGACACAGUCAUGAGUCUGACAAUGCAGUACACCUAGUGAAUAUGACAACAUUACGCUCACUUGGUGCAGCUUUUCCGUUCCAAUAGUAGAAAAGAGGAUAAUUUUAGUUAACACACGUAAAAGCAGAUGUUGAGCAGCAAAUAACAUUAAAAUUCUGGUACAUUGUCUACAAUUUAUGUAUAACAAAAUGUACGCCCUAUAUCACUAACUUAAGAAAAGUUUGAAAUGGAUGUAAUACGAUGUAUGUUAAUCAUUUUACGCCGAAGUCAGUCUAAACCCUAUGGCCAUUAAAACAUUGAAAUAAAAUAAAGUUAAAUUGAUUAAUGAGAAACGAGCACUACAGUUAUUACAUGUAUAUGCAAUUCAAUAAUAAUAAUGUUUAGUCUCCUUAUGUAAAAGCUUGCGAUAUGCAUUUCAGUAUCUAGUUCCCUUUAGAUAAAUACUACAUGUGAUGUUUCAAAAUUAGAAAAUAACGAUUCUUUUGGUCUAGAAGGGUUAAUUACUUUAGAUGAAGCAACGAAAACUUUGAAAAAUAUGAAAAAUAACAAAAGUCCCGGUUCUGAUGGGUUUACUGUAGAAUUUUUUAAGUGUUUCUGGAAACAGCUAGGUGGGUUCAUUGUUAGAUCUAUAUACAUUGUGGGUAAAGGAAAGGUUUGCUAUCAGUAACACAAAGGCAAGGUAUUAAUAACAUGUAUUCCCUAGGGAGAUAAACCUAGGCAGUUCAUAAAAAAUUGGCGACCCAUAACAUUAUUGAAUAUAGUCUAUAAAAUAGCGUCUGGAUCGAUAGCAGGUAGAAUUAGAACAGUUUUAGAUAAAUUAAUUAGUGAAGAUCAAACAGGAUUUCUUUCAGGCCGUUAUAUAGGGGAAAAUACUAGAUUAGUUUAUGACAUUAUGCAAUAUGCAGAAGAAAGAUAUAUUCCAGGUAUGUUAUUAAUGGUAGAUUUUGAGAAAGCAUUCGACUCAGUCUCAUGGGAAUUUGUUGAUAAAGUUUUAAAUUAUUUUAAUUUUGGUUCUGAUAUUAGA